UGCUUGGUGAAAAGAAAAGAAAAGAAAAGAAAAGAAAAAACUGUGGCUCUCAAGCCUGAUCUGUUCCUCCACCUCCACCACCCUCCUGUUGGUGUUGCCUUGGGUUUUGGGGGAUCCCCUCGUCGCCUCUUCUUCCUCCUCCCUCACAGGUCGCAACGCCGGACUUACCUACAAAAUCCACUCCAAUUACCCGCCGAUCUUUGUCCGGCCCGCGCACCCCCAGGCUAGGACCUCGCCUCACCUUUGCUUGGUUCGGGAUGGGAGCACAGAUUUAGCUGUUUCCAUCGGCGGCUGCGUUCGAUCUUGCGGUGCAUCGGCGAGAUGAUUUGAAUUGUGAUCUGGAAAUGGAGCCGUCGGAUCUGAACACCCACCUGCCACCGCGGAAGCGGCUGCUGGCCGGGCUCAGGACGGCGGCCACCGCCUGCGACGCUGCCGACCCCCUCCCGUCCCCGCUCGCCUCCGGCGAUCUCGCCGCCCGCCUCCGCGAGAUGGCGCUCGCCGCCAACGCCUCGGGCUCCUCGCCAGAGGAAAUGAUCGAGGCUGCGAGGGCGGCUGCUGAAGCCGCUGCCGAUGCGGCCGCGGCCGCCCGCGCCGCCGCCGCGGAGAAGGCGGCCGUGGCCGCCAAGGCUAGGGCAGCUGCGCGGGCUGCUAUGGAGUUCCUCGACUCCUUUUCCAGGACCGGCGCGUCCAGGAAUGGCCUCCAGUUCAAGGUCAAGUCGAGGAAGAAGCAUGUCCAGGUCAAGAUGUUGUACAGGCCCAAUGGAACCCUGGGGGAUGCUCCCAAGCCUAGGAGACGCAAGCAGUCCGACGAAGAGAUCGCACGCAAUUUGCACCGUGCCAUGAAUAGCUCGCCAAGGAUCUCUCACACUGGACCACCCAAGAGACCUCGUGGCACCGUUGGUGAUGGCAAAGACGGAGCUGCCCCCGGUGAUGGUAACGGUGAGGGUGGCGGCAAUGCUUGCAAUGGUUCUUCAACUCAUGCGCCAAUUGAGGCUGGUGGCGGCUUACCUAAUGGAUGCUCUGAGGGGAAAUCUAGUGAGACAACUGUUCCAUUGUUCAAGCAUGAGGAUCGUGGCGAUGACCCAUCUAAGCAUGCUGCGAAGAGUAGCGGCAAUGCUGCUGAUAACGGGGUUGGGGCUGGAAACUUGAGCGCCGGCCGAAAAGUGAAGAUCAGGAGGAAGGAACUCCUCCUGAACCAACAUAACAAUAAAGAAACAGAAGAGCCCAGAGAAACAGAACCCUCUGUACAAGUGCAACCUAUAGGACAGGAUGAAUCAAAGUUGAAUGGAAAUGGAACAGAAAAGCAUGGGAGUCCAACAUAUGCAAAGGCCCCAGGUGAUGGUGUGGCGCCGAUGAAGAUUACAUCUGUAUGGAAGUUCAAGAAGUUAAAAACGUCACACUGUUCCUCUGAUAGCAAGGUGUUGCACAACGUGUGCUCCUCUCCUACAGCAGCCGAAACUUCAGCUUCGGUGAAAGCUGAUUAGUGAGAAAAGGAAGCCGGACGAUGGCCUAUGGCUCCUUGUUUGCUGCUGAUUCUGCUCUUGAGACUUGAGACGGAAGAGUUAGUUGGUCUGUUGACCUAAGUCCUGGCUGGGUGAAACUUGAAAGCAUGCACCUCCGUAGCAGGGAAAGUGUUUUGACUGACCAUGCAACGCAUGUGUUGGGCUUGUCCAAUCAAAAUCCCUAGCCAUGCAUGUGUAUUCAAGUUGGUUUUAAGAGAAGCAUAUAUACCUGCGCGUGCAUGCAUG